AUGAAUGACGAUUUCAUCUUUCCGAACACCUUUUAUCAAAAUGUUCAGACUGUGGCACCACCAAGCAGUUUCUAUGAUAACAAUACAGUAACCAGGCCUACAGAUACCUCUAUACCACAGAAGGAUUUUAACUUAUGUCUACUAGGUGUCGUGGUGCUAUUGCUGGUGAUUGUGUACUUUUGUUGCAAAGAAAACGGAGAAUUUUCGAAAAUUCCAAACAGUAAUGACGAGAAAUACACACAGGCCAAAGAGGGUAAUGGAGAACAGACUAAGAAACAUAAACAGGCACAUAAGGAAGAGGAUGAUGAAAUCAGCGAGAAACAUCGGGAAGGGGAAAGGCAAAAUUCGGCCGUGAAAAGGAAAUGGGCAGUGGAAAGUGAAAAACAGGCCAAGAGAAGAAAAGAGGAGGAAAGUAAACAACAGGCAGAGAGAAGAAAAGAGGAGGAAAGUAAACAACAGGCAGAGAGAAGAAAACAGGAGGAAGGUAAACAACAGGCAGAGAGAAGAAAACAGGAGGAAAGUAAACAACAGGCAGAGAGAAGAAAACAGGAGGAAAGUAAACAACAGGCAGAGAGAAGAAAACAGGAGGAAAGUAAACAACAGGCAGAGAGAAGAAAACAGGAGGAAAGACAGAAAAGAAAACAGGAAAUGUACAGAAAAUUCCGUGCAGAAGUCAGGAAAUGGAUGGAACUUGGAUAUAACAAACCUCAAUGUAUACCAGCAGUGUUGAGCUGGACACCAUUGAUAGGACAACAGCUCGCAGAGCAAGUCACGAAAUCAGUAGAGGACAAGGAAAUGAAAGACGAUUUAAGCCAUGCCAAUCUAUCGGCAGGGCUGUUUCUGCUUCUCAACAAGGUUCACUCAUCAAACUCAUCAAACAGUGCUCGGAUGCAGGCUGGCUCAAGGAAGUUGACAGAAAAUGAAAUCCUGAUGUGCAAAUCGAAAGUAUCGAGACUUGUAGGAGGCACGUUCGUCACAGUGUGGUUUUACGAGUCCUGUGAACACGUGGAGCUGACGUUCCAGCGAUUUACCAGUGUCAGCGUCCCAGUACCUGACCUUCCACAACCGGUACACAUUAAUACACGUAGAAGUUGUUACUAA